UUUUAAAGAGGUACUUGGUAUGGGUAAUGUGCAAUAAGUGGCUUUCGAGUUUGUUGAAAUACGUCAGAUGGCUUAAUUAUUUACCCAUGUAUCUGUUUGACAUCUAAACCAGUUCUUAUGCCUCAUCUGGCAUGUCUUGCAUGGUGACUCUCAAGACAGAUUGAGUUGUUGUAGAGUUAUUCAAAGAGAAGAAAUCUAAUUUUUUUUUUUUAUUUUUUUUUGGAGUGGGGGGGAACAUUAAUAACAUUUGGGUUUUUUCCCUACAUUUUCAUGGAUAGUGGUGUCAUCCUCUGGGUACUGGAGCUAAUGAAGCUGCUUUAUUUCAGAGUGAAUCCUGCCUGUAUUGUCUUAGAUUUGUGAAUGGUAAGUAUUACUUGAGGAACUGACCAGAAUGGCUAUUGUUUACUUAAUAAUGGCAUUUCAGUUGUUGAAUAUGUCUCUAAGCUAAACUUACUUCAGUGGAUUGAAACAUUUGCAGGCUGCCAGGAGACAGGAGUAUAAAUAUAAUAGACACCUGUUUUGUUUCUGUGCCUGGUACAGAUCCAAUGCAAGGCUGAUAGACAGCAUCUAAAUAAUGUACUUUAUCAUUGAAUCUUGCUUUUAAAAUAUUUUUUUCAGAGGAAGAGGGAGUGUUGGGACAGGAGUUCACUUUGGGAAGUAGUUAAUUUCUGUUUAAUGAGUACUGUUUAAGAUAUGAGGACAUUACACCACGAUGGAACAAAUUUAUUAGCCUAUUGCACUACUUAUUGUAAUCCUUGUAUUAAAUGUGGUUGUGCUUCCUUCUGAGAUGUUUGUGGAGUUUUUCUUGAGUCUCAAAUCUUGACAUCUAUUUCCCUCAGUCUUCAGGUCUGCUUUAAGACACACAACUUCACAGUCCAGCAGACGAUUUUUAGGACCUUCUGAGCAAUGAUGCAUAAUUUCAGCAGUUUCACUUUAUUUGUGAGGCUCUGGGCUUCCCAUUUUAAAUUCUCUGGGUGUAAAGAAAUGUGAUCAAUGUGAUCUCGUGUACAUCCAUGGUCUACUGUAGCUAGACUAUUUCUGCUCCCUAAGUUAAUAAUCUCAGGUCAAUACUGUUAUUUUUUCACUACAUUACAGCCUGCUGAAGACCAUGAGUACAGUUUUCUUUAACCUGCUGGACCCCAGAGUCGCCUUCUCUUGUAAAUAAGUUAUGAGCAGUGUGUUUUUCAGGAAGGCUGUACUGACUUCUUAUUCUUGUGUGAACUUCUACCCCUAAAACAAGCUUCACUCUUGCUUCUGGUAACUUCUGUAUAUGUUUCUAAAUACUGUGUGCUGCCCUUUGGAGACAAUAUCUCCUUAUGCUAAGCAGGCAGAUACCCUGCACACACACAUUAGUGGAUUCCCUCUGCAGAAAAACAUAACUCAAAUCUCAGCUGAUUUCUGUUAAUAAAAAUUUUGUAGUAGCAGCUCUGUUCUCUCUGCUUCUACAGCAUGCAGGCAUUUAUUUUCUAAAUGCUGAGGGAAGCUACACAACCAGUUGCCUGCUGCAAAAGCUGUCACAGCAGAAUGUCUCUAGCUGGCUGUGACAGAGAUGUUGCUGUGGUGCUGCUCUGGUCCUUCUCUCCGCAGGGUUUGGGGUCCCCUGUGCUGUGUGCCCUUCCAAAGGAGGCAGAGGGACAAAGUAAACACAGCUUUUGCUGACCUUCCAGAUCCUGUGACAAAGUGCCCAUGCUCAUCCUAAAUAUCUGCAGCCCCUGAGACUGCAAGGAGAAUACAGCUUUGCUUAUACUGAGUCUUCAAAUGUGUGUUGAAUCCAGUGUGCUCAUUGGGCCCACUCAUAGUAACCCAUGAAAAUACUCCAAAUAUUUUUUGUUCCAUUUUUUUCUUCUAAAAAAUUACCCACCUCACAGUCUGGGAGUGAAAGCAUCUUUGGAUUUAUCAGUGGUUUUUUUGCAGUUUGCACAAUGCCUGGUUUUUUCUGGAGAAGGCUGUGAAGCAUCUGGUGGGGGCAGAUGAAGUGUGUAGGUUGUGUGAGGAGUGAGGUCAGAAUCCCCUGCUUUGACUGCCCUGGAGUUCCAGUCCAAGAACUGCUGGACACAAACAGCUGCUGAGAUAUCUCAUUUUCCUGUUUCCUACAAAGGAAAAAACAGCAGCUGGGUCUAAAGUGCCUGAGCUAAUUUAAAUGAGUUUCUGGUUAUUUCUACACAUAAUUUCAGUUUCAUUGCCAGAGUGCAGAGUGAGGAGGAAGGAAGGACUCUCAACUAUCCAUUUUAGUCAAAAAGACUAUUUCUUACCUUUUCUGUUAGUGCUUCUACUCUCAGUCCUCGCCCUAGAAGAGGUGCCUAUCAAUGCCCCAAGGUGGCAUAUUAGAAAUGCCAUGGGCUGAGAACUUUGGGGACAGGGAGGUUGCUGGUUCUUCAACAAACCUAUGCUUGAAUCUUCCUCAUCUUGUUUUAUGGUCAUGUGAGGCAAAAAAAAGGUAAGAACAUUUAGCAUCUCUACCUUGGCCACUUGUGGAAUAGCAAAGCUGUGGGCGAGUGUUUAGUUAUCCUCUGGUUUCUCGUGUUAGGAUCUUAUUACCAUAUGUAAAAGCACAUUGCAAUAUCAGUUCAGGAGGCUGAAACUUCCUAUUUUGGAUACAGCAUUGUUUUGAAUUGCAAACUAGGUCUGUCUUUAAAGCUGGAAUGAAUUACAGAUUAAAGUCUUAGUGAAUAAUAAAGAAAAAAUAUUUUUAAAUGCUACAGUAAAAUAAUGCUUCUAGGACAGAGGUCUGUCUCAGGAGGAUAAUUUUGGUGGGCUUUUAUUUUUUUCUUUUCAAAAUUCUUUUCUCUCUUAAAUGAUUUGCCUAUGCCUAAAUCUUGCAAAGAGUAUUUACUGUGGGCAAUUUAAGAUCUUUGUUUUGAUAACUGAGUCAGAUAGGAGAAAGGACAGGGGGUAGUUGGGAUGGGGAUGGAGAGUUGCAGAGAAUUAUAAAACUUCUGGACCUUAUGAAAUCACUUGAGUUUUAUUGUCAGCUUUGGAAAUAUCUGUGUUUCAUGACUUCUGCUUUUCCAAUGGCUCUGUUCAGAGGUGCCAUACCCAGGGACCUCUCAGUGAUGAAGUUGCACUGCUUGCUGACAUCCACUACCUGUCUUCCUCCUCUGUGUAAAGGGAUGUGCAGUGGAGUUCUGGAUUUGGAAGGAUGAAUAUUUAAAGAGUACUCCUCAAUCUUGCAUCAAAAUGUCCCUGUGCACAUCUUCUCACAAGGACUUUUCUCAGUUGCUGCCACUUCAGGAUAUUGGAUGCAAUAAAACAGAAAUUAAAAAUUCACCUGCUGGUGUCAUCUCUCCAGUUCCUUACAGCUGCAAUCAGUCCACGCUGGCAGCAGAACACAGUCCAGUCUACAUUCCCUCAUCUUACAUGGAAAACAGGCACGAAUAUUCCGCAAUGGCAUUCUGCAGCCCUGCUAUGGUGAAUUACAACAUUGCCAGCAGUUUUGGGGAUCCAGAGAGCGUGAGUGCAAGGCAAACCUCCAGCCCCAGUGCGCUGUGGUCUGCUCCUGGCCAUCUGUCCCCUCUGACUCUGCACUGCCAGUCCUCACUGCUGUAUGCAGAGCAGCCCAAGAGCCUGUGGUGCGAGGCACGACCGAUGGAGCCAGUGCUGCCCGGGAGCAGAGAAACAUUAAAAAGAAAAACUAAUGGCAAUGACUGUACAAGCCCAAUUGCAAAUAAUCCUGGUUCAAAAAAGGAUGCCCAUUUCUGUGCAGUCUGCAGUGACUAUGCUUCAGGAUACCACUAUGGGGUCUGGUCCUGUGAAGGCUGCAAAGCAUUUUUUAAAAGAAGCAUUCAAGGACACAACGAUUACAUCUGCCCAGCCACCAAUCAAUGCACAAUAGAUAAAAACCGGCGCAAGAGCUGCCAGGCGUGCCGGCUACGGAAAUGCUACGAAGUGGGGAUGAUGAAGUGUGGCUCAAGAAGAGAACGCUGCGGGUAUCGAAUCCUGCGGAGCCACCGCAACCCCGAGGAGCGGGUGCAUUGCCUGGGCAGAGCCAAGAAAUACAACGAGGCAGCGACGCGGGUGAAGGAGAUCCUGCUGGGCACCGUCAGCCCCGAGCAGUUCGUGCUGACCCUGCUGGAAGCGGAGCCGCCGCACGUGCUGGUCAGCCGGCCCAGCAAACCCUUCACCGAGGCCUCCAUGAUGAUGUCCCUGACAAAGCUGGCAGACAAGGAGCUGGUGCACAUGAUCGGCUGGGCCAAGAAAAUUCCUGGCUUCAUUGAUCUCAGCCUCUAUGACCAAGUAAGACUCUUGGAGAGCUGCUGGAUGGAAGUUCUGAUGAUUGGUUUGAUGUGGAGAUCAAUCGACCACCCUGGGAAACUGAUUUUUGCACCAGACCUUGUUUUAGACAGGGAUGAGGGGAAAUGUGUAGAGGGAAUUUUGGAGAUCUUUGAUAUGCUCCUGGCCAUGACCUCGAGGUUCCGAGAGCUGAAACUGCAGCACAAGGAGUAUCUGUGUGUCAAGGCAAUGAUCCUCCUCAAUUCCAGCAUGUUCCCCUUGUCAGCAGAGGAACCUGAAAGCAACAGGAAACUGCACCACCUGCUCAACGUGGUCACAGAGGCUUUGGUGUGGGUUAUUGCCAAGAGCGGGAUCCCCUCCCAGCAGCAGACAACUCGCCUGGCCAAUUUGCUGAUGCUCCUCUCCCACGUCAGACACGCCAGUAACAAGGGAAUGGAGCAUCUCCUUAGCAUGAAGUGUAAGAAUGUGGUGCCAGUGUAUGACCUGCUGCUGGAGAUGUUGAAUGCUCACACUCUCCGAGGGCAAAGGAAGUCCCCGGCCACACACCCCGAGUUUGGCCCACUGGAGCAAAUGGAGCCUGGAGACAGCCUGAGGAAUGGGGCACCCCAGUAAUUGUGUCAAGACCUGGAAAUGUGAGGCUUUUUCAGAGCUAUGGGAGAAAACAGAACUGCUGUGAUGGGGCUGCAGAAGUGUGACCUAGUGUGAGUUCUCAUCCCUUCUGGAUUUGCACAUCGGUGUCUCGGGAGAGGCCGCGGGGCGCUCACCUCUGUCUGUGUUUCUGACAUUGCAACAGCUGCACUGCUAUAGUGCCUUUUCUGAGACUCUGCAAAAGCACCUUAUGAAAUCAAGCCUCAGAACAGCACUGUGGGACAGGGAAUCGCUGCCUCUCCUUCUCAGAGGCAGAACUGAGAGGGAGAGGUAAAGGGACAGGUUUGAGAUGGCAGAAGAAGCUUGGAAAAAACAUGUUGGUCUCUGUCUCCCAGAGCAAGACUUUUAAGCAUUGACUGAACAAUGUCCUCUUUCAGCAUGGGAUGGUGUGAAGUGUAGAACAGCAUCAUUUGGGACAGAUGUACCUCUGUGUGCUGGUCCCUGGGGAAUGCCUGCUCUGUAGCUGAUCUAGAUAAAGUGCCGAGAUACAGACAGUGUGAAGGAGCUUAUUCUCAAAUAUGCAAUGGCUGCAAGGGCCUUCAUUUGAAGGUCAUUUGAAAAAGCUUCUAGGAUCAGUUCAGAGCCUCUGCAGAAAGUUUAAAUUGAUCUUAAGUUUGUAUUUUUUGAGCCUGUUCUCAACACUCACAUUAUUAUCUGCUUAUAUUUCUUCAGUGCUUUAAGCAGUGACGAAAUCGUCUGAAUAUUUCAGUCAAUGCUGACCUUUGAAAUGUGUUUUGUCUGUGAGAUUAUCAUGUUGUUUUAUAUAUUUAUUAAUGAUGUUAAAUCUAUUCUAAUAAUUAGGUACAAGAAGUUGCUCUGUGAAUAUUAACUGUUUGUAUUUGUAUAUGAUCUGCUGAUCAGGCCUUGUGAAACCAGCUAGAAAAAAAAAAAAUCUUCCCACCCCUUUGACUGGUGUGUGGAAUUACAUCCUGCCCACCCAAAACCUCUUGCAGGGGGUGAGGCACUGGAUGGGAACAUGGAUGGGGAUCUGUUUUUGUCUGCUGCCCUGAGGUUUGCUGCUUGCUUGUUCUCAGCAUGCAUGGCACCUUGUGCUGUGGUCUUCAUAUCUUUAUAGGAGCCCUCAAAGAGCGAGGAUGGGGAUAAUGGUAAAUGUAAAGAUAAUUUAAAGAUGGGGAUAAUGUAAAGCACUACUUUGCUUUGCAAGUGUGAUGACUUGUUUGAAUUACACUGAAGAUGUAGUGAUUUAAACUUCUUUUUUGUGCUGAUUUCUGCAUGUGUUUAAGCUGCACUGAGUAAAAAAAAAAACAAAAAAACCUGAUAAAAAGGCCUGGCUGAUGACCUCAGAGAUUAGCAGGGUGGCAUCAUUUAUUCUGGUAAAUGUCUCUCUACAUGGAAACAUUUAAAUAUAGCACAUGCAUGUUCUGGGCAUUAUAGUGAAAUAAAUUGGGAUCACACCAAAAGUCUACUUUGAGCCAAGAAGUCUUUUGCAUUAGGGACUUUGAUUAGUAUGCCAUUUGCAUAUUUUGAAUAUUAGUCAAACCAUUAAUCUUGAUGGUUUUUUAAAGCCAAGGACAGUCUUUUUUAUAGGAGGUUUUCAGUGAGUUACACAUCUAUUGUCUGUUUUGAUCUUGUACUAUACCAGAUGCUGCUGCUGAUCUAAAUUUUUACUCUCUGCCUUUUUAUUGUUUUUAAGAAACUGUAAUAUAGCAGUGUCCUUCUAAAGAUGUGUAAAAUUUACAAUGAAAAAAAGGAAAAAAAUGUGAGUACAGUCUGGAAUUUAUUAGUACUUUCGUUUUGAGAGAUGUUUUGCUGUGAAACAAACCCGUCUCAGUAUUUCUUGGGCUUGAUUGUUCUGGCCUCAUUGCCUGUUGUCUUGAUCUUUCUCUGAUUUUCCUUAUCCUGUGUAAUCUUUUGGUUUAAUACAGUUUUUUGAGGAAAUGUUUAAGUGAUUUGUUUGUUUGUUUGUUUUGCUUUAAAAGCACUGGAUUUAUGUACCAUCUUGGAACAAACCUUUUGAAAAGAAAAAGGGAAAGACUGGGUAUAAAUCAUGAAAUUACCUUCUAAAUGGAAAUUUGUUGUGGAUUGACUCUGUAAAAGGGAUAUGCUGCAGUUUUGUGCUGUGUGGUGGUGUUCAUAUAUGUUGCUAUUAGUACAGUGCAAAUGGGAAAAUGAUGUGAUUUUAACCUACUUUUUGUCUUGCUCAACAUGAUUUUAUUAAAAGUUACUAGUGGUGUUUUAAAAUGGGUGAAAGUCAA